AUGACGAAACACAACACGAUGUUGGAAAAUAAACUGAUCGAGGAUGACUGCCACCUAAAAUGUAAGCAGUACCUCAUCAGGUGUAAACUGAAGGUACACAGUUUCCUCAGCCCUUCCUCUUGAUCAAAGGAAAUACCCUGGUUUUCACAGCUAAAAGACAACAUGAAAGAUCACACAAGUGCUGUUUCCUUAUGGGAUGCUAUGAGACAAAGCUCUACACAAAAAAUACAAUAAAAAAACAAAAAACACACAACUCAAUCAACUCAACAAUGUAACACUUUGCUCUUCCAACAGAUUGUGAGAAGGGUGACAGACUGGAAGACAUCAAGAAAAAGGGAUCAUCUGAUGCACCUAUCAGGAGUGAAAUACAUCUUCCGCUGUGCUCAGUGUAACCAGGCCAUCUCUGCCCUCCUUUUAAAACAUAACCCUCUUUUUGACUAUGGGAUAAAUAAUGGACUGAACUGA